AUGACUCUUAAUAUUCUACUUAGUAUUGAGAGUUUUACAUCGACUUGUCCAUCGCAAUCUAUUGUUGUAAAUAAGGUCCAACUGUUAAUUUGUCAAUUUCAUUACGAACAUGGUCCAGAGUUGGCUUUUCCUAAAGAUUUCGAUCAAUCAGAAUAUAUUACAAGUCUUUUCCCUGCGAAAUGGGCUGAUGGUAAAUGCCUGAUUUGCAAGGUUGGAAAAUACUAUGUAAUUUCAAUAGGAAUUCUUUGCCAAAAUAUUCAAACACCACGUGGAAACUUACAACUAUCAGUUGGAAUUGUUUCAACAAAACCAAUAUUUACAAGACAGCAACAUGAGUUCUUGAUUGAUAUCCAAAAUAGAAUUAGUGUAGCCAAAUCUGUUGAUUAUAACUAA